AUGUUUGACAUCCAGAAAUAAAUACACAGAAGAAGAGAUUACAUCUUUGGUGUAUAUGUUGAUGCUUUUGUUGAUGUAUUCGUUUAUACUUUUUAUUUCUUACCUGUUUUAAACCUGACCGGUGAAACUGAAUUUAGAAUUUAAAACCAGCCCCAUCUGCUCAAUGGAUCCGUUAUCUGCUGCCUCCUCUCCGUUAGCUUUGUGGAACAGAUGCAAUAAAGCUAGCUGAGCUGAGAGCUAACUGUGGAGCUAACGGUGAACCGAACUGAUGAUUUCACAUUAAAACGACUCAACGUUCAACAACCAACAUUUAUUUACAUCACAGUCCAAAAGGUAAUUUUUCACUUUGUUUGAAUGUGUGAAGUGAGUGAAUAUUGAUCAUUAUUUCAAGGUACUGAAGUCUGAACUAAACAUGUAACAGAGCUCACUGUUUCACCAUCUCACUCUUUCCUCUUUCAGUUUGACUUUGAUUUCAGAGAAUUUUGGACACUUCACUUAAAAGUAUGAAUAAGUUAAUGAUUCACUGUUGCCAUGAAGAGAAUUUGUGCAGUGCUAAUGGAAUAAAAUGACAAAACAAAAAAAAAAACAUGAAAAACUGAUACACAUGAAUCUGAAUAAUAUGACAUUUAUAAAGCAUACAAGCUGCUUCUCAGGUCAAAGUCUGGUGUGUCCUUUCGUUUUGUAUUCUGCCCCUCUAUCCUUUAUUUUUGAUCUUCUAUUUAUUAAAUAUGAGUCCUGAUUCUUUAUCCUUUCUGCUGUCCUAUUCUUCCCUUUAGAGCUCCAUCUGUCCUCCAUGACUUCAUCCGAGGUCAACAGCUUGCCAGACAUGAGUGAGGUUGUGAUCGUCACCAUCCCCACCACAGCGGAGGAAGAUCUCCCCUCUGUGGUAGAGGAGGAUAAAGCUGUGCUGGUGUCUGCAGAGCUGAACACUCAGACAGGGUAACGGUUGGCGCAGUACUCUGUUGUUGCAUAACUGACAGGACAUAAGUUUUAAACAUAAUGUCAGCCUUUCAUGAAUAAACAAACAUGACUGGUAGCAAUAUUAGUGUUAGAAAUGGAUGCUCUGCUCAUAGAAAACUCAGCAGCAUUGAAUCAAAUUAAGUACACCCAAAUAAAGUGGGAACAAAUGAAGAGUCUUGGCUUCACAUUUUAGGAAACUGGCACAUUAUGAAUUGUUGCUAUGCAGCAGCAGUUAAAAGGGAGGAGUUAAUAACAAAAACCACUCAAAAGAAACAAAAGUCAAAUGAACAGGAGUCACAGAGCUGGUCCACCAAAACUGCUCGUCAUUCAUUGUUCAGAGGUAUUCCAGGUUUAGAAUGCAAAGAAUGCAUGAACCAUCUUAAAUAUUAAUACGCCAAGUGCAGUCGAACGGGUGUAGGAAGAUAAGGGAGAGGAAUAACAUGUCUUCUCCCUUUCCCCGUACAGCAUCAUGUCCAACAUCCACAUGCUUUAGUUGUUCACUUUUGUUUGUAAUGUGCUUCAAAAAGAUGAACUAUAUUCAUGUAAAGAACCUGGUUUUAUAUCAUAGUUUGGUAUAAAUGUUGCACAUGAUUUAGGUCAUAAUAUUGAGUUGUAACCAUGAUGACCUACUUUGAUGAACUAAAACUUAAAUUUUUUUUUUUCCCUUAAAUUCACAGAGAGGAGGAGCUCACAGCUGCACCUGCAGAAGCAGAAUCUGAGUCCAGCAGAGCUGAUCCGCUGACAAAGGAAGAGGCAGUUAUUGGUAAUGUGACCUUCAAGAAUUUUGUCAACUGUAAAGUGUGGUGGGUCAGUUACUGAUACAAUUUUGUGCAGCUCAAGUAUCUUUACCCCCCCCCCCCCCCCCUUUUUUUUUUGACUUGAGCAGUCUAUCUGCUUCAUUUAGAGUUAAUCUAAUACAUCACAGCAGUACAGGUUUCAGUCAGUGUUCAUUUUCAUAUCUCAGAUCAGAAAAAAGCUCCAUGUGAGAGUGUGUGUUGGUCUCUGUCUCUGCAGUGAAAUUAACAGAGGAAGUUGACGUUGAAGCAGAUGUCUUCUACCCAAUCACCUGUGGAGACGCCAAAGCUACACUGGUCUGGAAGAAGUUUGUCUGCCCUGGGAUUAAUGUAAAAUGUGUUCAGGUACUCUGUUAUUCCUCAAACAACAGAAAACAGAAUUCUGAACACAUUUCAUUUGAAAAAAAGGUGUGCUUUAUGCCAAUAUUUUUUCUUUCCUCUCUGAUCAGUUCAACGAGCAGCUCAUCAGUCCAAAGGAGUUUGUUUGUUUAGCAGGAAAAUCCACUCUGAAGGACUGGAAGAGAGCCAUCCGCCUCAACGGCACCAUGCUCAGGUCUGAGUCGUCUGUUUCUUACUAUUGUGGUAAUAGAUUAAUGUGUUUAAAGCUGCAGCACACAGAUGAUAACAGUCACGGUUUUAAGCGCAACAUAAUUUUAAAAAUGUGUUUGAAUUCCUCCUUUACCUGAGAAGUUGGUCCUAUAGAUUUGAUGAACAAGAGAACUAAUGAACCCCCUCUUCAACAAGACCCUGAGAUUUUUUAACUCUUUGGCUUAGGAUAGGACUUCAUCCCCCACCUUGAAGGGGCAAUCCACCUUUUUCUGGCAGGGGACCAGACUGAAACUCUAAUCCUGACCACUGCAGACUGCCCAAGUGAUUGCUGCUUGUCCCAGCUAGAGAGAGCAAACAGAACCAUACCAUUAUAAAUCAAAUGUUUCAGUUGAUGCAGUGUCACCGUGUAAGGGAGGGUUGACUCUCUUAGCAUAGAGCCUGAGUUUGGAUUUGGCAGCUAAUUUUCACUCCUUCCUUUUGAAAUAGUGUUUUAGAAACAGACAUGUGAAGAAAGUUCAAGUGAAGCAGCUGCUCCUUUUAAAAGAUCCUGCUUAUGUUGUUCGGUUGUUCAGGAUGCCUCCUUUUGUAGCUUUUAGAGACCCUGGGCAAAAACCCAGAGUCCUGAAAUCAGUUAAUCUGGUGUUUCAGACCUUUUUUUUCUUCCUCCACAAUGUAGAAGGGUUUUCUUCUGAAAUACAUUUAUUUUAAGUUCAUUGUAAAAGCCCCAGAUCUUGCCAUUAACUGUAAAAAAGUUCUUUGCGGAAUUCAGAGAGACUAGCGUUUUUUUGUUUUUCAGUUUGCUUUCUUUCUUGUUUCAUAAAGUGACUUUUUCAAUAUUUAAUUUUCUAAAGAAAAGCAAAAAUCUGUUUUUAAGUGCCAGGACUGUUGCUCUCAAACAUCAUGUUUCAAACAGAGUAGAACUCUAUGUUAAAAAAAAUGUUACUGUGUCUUUAGAGAGUGAAUUCAAGAUUGUCGGGAAACUGGAUGCUCUGUCAGUUUAUCUUACUGUUAACACAGUAAUAGAAAUAAAUGAAAAUAAACUGUUUUUGCUUUUCUUACCGUGGACAGCACCUCAGAUGAGCAGUGUUGAUAAGACACUCUGAUGAUUUAAACCCAGAUGAUAUGUCAGAUUAGAGUUUGAGAAGUCUUAGAUUCUGGAUUUUUGGGCAGGGACAAAAAAAGAGGAACUGAUUAAAGGAAUGACUUCUUUAAAUUUAUUUUUCAGUUUGUUUGAAACAUGUUUCCCUCUAUUUAAGUUGGAGGCAGAUGUGUAGUUGUAAAAUAAACCACAAGAUGGCGCCGUUAAACCUGUUCUAUCCAGAUGUUGAGUAUCAUGUCUUCUUCAAGCCUUUAUUUUUGACUGCAUUUCUGUUUUCAGGAAGAUCAUGGACUCAGGUGAACUUGACUUCUAUCAGCACACCAAAGUUUGCUCCAACACCUGCCGCAGCACCAAGAUCGACCUGGUGGGAACUAAAGUGUCCCUGAGCAGCGACCAAGCUGAACUGGUUCCUGCUGCACCUUCGUCAGGUGACUGUAAGUCCACCUCACCUGAGAGCUGCUUCUGUCACUUCACUCUGUAGUUGUGGUUAUUUACUUUUUGGCACAUGCCGUUUUCAAAGUUUGAAGGGUUAUUUAUGAAUUUUAAUGGCGUGGUGUUUGUUUACUUUUUACACUCAUGUUGUCUACUGAUGUUUGUGUUUCAGUGAACGGCGCUUCUGCCUCUUUCUCAGAUGGUUCAGAGGAGACGUCAGAGUGGGUCACAGCCAUCGGAGGUGAUCACCGACCUGCGCACAAGCUAUUUUAGCAGUGUGUAAUUCUCUUAAUAAUAUAUGUGUGUAUCUCUGUGUGUUUUAGAGGACUCAGUGGCGUUCUGGCGUUCGGUGAAGGAGGCAGGGCUUCUGGACGAGGUGGUGGACGAUUUCCAGAAGGAGCUGCAGGAGGUGCUGAAAGGGCUACAGGAAAGAGUGUGUGACCCCCCACUGCAGGUCAAAGGUUAGAAACGCUUGGAUGACUUGGAUGAUGCUCCUCUCGUAUCUGCAGACACACAAGGUUUUCAUCCAAAUCUGGGAGUUCAAGUAAAAAAUUACCCAUUAUCAGAGUCAGGAUGGAAGUUCAAAAACUAAACCAGCGCUGCAGAUUGUCUUCAGUCUCUCGCUGUUGAACUUCAAUCAAACACAGAAUUUAGUUAAUGAACAAAAAACAAGUGUGCUGGUGGUGCUUUGGUGGUGCAGUUCAGGGCCCUUUAAGAGUGAACUUAACAGCUUCUGUUGUCUAAAAAUACUCUCAUUGUCUCCAACAGGUCUGUUUUAGUUAGGAUCUUUUAGUUAGUAAAAAAUUACUCUGUAGCUGUUGCAGCCUGUUUCCUGGAAGCUGACAGCAAUUUCAUGACUAUUUUUCUGUGAGGAUCAUUCAGAAGAAAAAAAGCAAGGGCCUGGUCAGAAAGACGUCAAAUCCCAGUAUUCAGAGAGCAACAUACUAACAACUAGGAGUGGGAAUCACUAGUGGAUAUUAUCACAAUACUUGGGCCACAAUACGAUAUUAAUGUGAUUUUUAACAUUUUGUAAUACAGUAAGUAUUGCGAUACAAUAUAAAGCGAUUUAUACAAUUUUUUUAACUGUUUAGCUAAUUUAGCAUUUAUCUUUAUGUUUGCCUUAUUUACACUGUAUUUUAUUUUCAUAUAGCACAUCUUGCAAACCUUAAAUAUUUGUGGCAAUAACUUUCUCCUUCUCUAUGGUGUCACCUCUGCCAACCUCUCUGGACAAACAGUUGAUUCUAUUUUUCCAUUCUCAUAGAUUUGACUUCACAUUAGCAAUUAAUUUUAAAAAAUCAGUGCUUGAUAAAUGAGAUGAUACGAUAUAUCACCAGGCAAAUUCCGCAAUACUAUGCUGUAUCGAUUUUCCCACCCCGACUAACAACAGGUUACUUUUCCUGUUUGUGGUCGGUUUUCUGAUCACUCUGUGACUUUUGUGCGUCCAUUAUGAAUAAAUAAGCUACACACUCACAAGGUUUUAAUUGAGUUAAUGUUAAUUAUCAUGCUCUACUUACCUGCAGACAAAGUUAGCUCUUCAAAGUCCUGCUCUGGUCGGCAUGGAUCUCAAAUAUUCAGGGGUUAUGUAGCUGUCAGGAGUGUCUGCAUCUGGUGUUUUAUUUUACACUGUUUGGUUCAAUCUUCUCUGUUAAGCCUGUCAACAUAGACUCAAAUCUCCAGUGUAGACACUUCUGGGACAGGGCUGAGACACUCUGCUGCGCUCCAUGUAGAAAUACGAACAUCGACUAGGACAGGCACAGAUAAGCUCUGGAGUGUGUGGCGUUGACAGAACGUGAGGCACGCGCUUCCUGUGCAAAUUAAAAGCAGACGACUUUACGCCGUAUUUAUAUCAAGUGCAAUCAUCGUCUUAGUCGCACAUUCACACACUUUCAGAUCACACUUUGUGCUUUCCGUUGGUGUAGAUAUGCCUACCACGUCAGCCUGUGUCAUUCUUUGUUUUCCUGCUGCAUAGCAAUUUAACCCUUCAGGGGAAUAAAGAUAAUCUCAAUCUUAAUCCGAGUGAAUGAAAUUUUUAUUUUUACUCUAAUAGUUUUUUAUGGGUGUUUUUUCAGAUGCUGUUUUACUGAACAACAUCGUGCAGAACUUUGGGAUGUUGGACCUGGUGAAGAAGGUUCUGGCGAGCCAUAAGAGCCAGAUGGACCGAUACAGAGAGCAGUACACUCGCAGCCUUGCUGGUCAGUGAAAGAAGAGUUUGAAACAUCUUUGAUUUUCAUUUUUCAUGAGAGGUUAAACAAAGUUCUUGAUGCAUAAUGAGCUGAAACUUAAAAAAUACAAAUACAAUUUAGGACUAACUCCUGAUGGCUCCUUUCAUGAUUUAAGAAAGACUUUUUUACAUUGGUGCAGAUGUAAUAUGGUGCUACAGAAAUCAGUGUACCUCCUUUUCUCUGUGUCUUUGCUGGUCUGUUCCUGGACUACGUUUAAAACUGAUAGCGUCUUUCUCCUCCUGCAGCUCUGGAGCAGCAGUGUGACGAGCACAGGAAGCGAGCCAAAGAGCUGAAGAGUAAAUCUCAGCACCUUAACAACGUCUUGAUGACCCUCACCCCGGUCCCUGCUCCCCCUGCUUCAAAACGUCCCCGUCUGACCCGUGCUGUCUCCGGUCCCGCCUCAGUCAACGCCACUCCCACCCAGAUCACCUUACCUCUGAACCAGCUGACCGGGCUGCCGCUGGGGAAGGUUCUGACGGUGGCAGGAGGCCAGGCGGGGGCUAACCUGGGCGGGUACACCCUCCUGACCUCGCCACUCUCUGGGUCAGAGCUGGCAGGUGACGCCUCUAACCUAACGGUGCUCUCCACAACGACAGGUCAGGAGGGCAUGGCCGGCAGCUCCCCAGCCUUUGUUAAGGUGGUCGGGCCACAGUUCCAGCUGGUGGCGCUUCCCACCCAGCUGCAGAGUUUGGCCACCACGCAGAGCUCUGCUGUCCAGCAGCACAUUGGCAGCAUCAGCGUGGUGGACGCCACAGCAAUAGCCGCAGAUGGCGUCCAACAGGAGGAAAUCCAGGCGGAGGGUGAAGAGGAGGGUCAGAUAGAGCAGGUGAAAGGGGAGGAGGAGGAGCAGCCAGCUGAGCAGCAGUGAGACAGACACAGCUGCUCCGUCUGUCUGCAGCAGGUGAUGAACCUCUGGACUGAGCUGAAUGUUUCCCUCCGGGCCUCCUGCUCCUUUUGACUUGAACGUUUCAAGCAUUGUGCGAGUAUGUAAUUUAACUUCGUGGACGUCAUUCAAUUUUCCAUCAUACCAAAUUUAAAUAAGAGCUGCAUCUGCCAAUAGGAGUGUUGAAGUUGAGACUUACUGUAAAUAUGUAUUUGUAACUUAUACAGCAAAUACAGCUGUAUCAAAGCGUGUGAGGAGGGAUUCUUUGUGUGUGUGAGUGCUUCGGUUUGGUAUUAAACACUUUUUCAACAAAAAAAA